AUGGAGACACAAAAGCAAGAAGAGGAGGAGCAACUGGUAACUCGAUGGGAAGUAUCGGCUGAAAAGGGGGGCAAAAUUGACUACGACAAGCUUAUUGACAAGUUUGGCUGCCAACGCCUCGAUCAAUCGCUGGUCGCCGUGUUGCGCGCCUCACCGGCCGUUCGCCCCACGUGUUCCUUCGAAGAGGGGUGGACAGAAGUUUUAUUUGUACACUGGCCGUGGUCCAUCCUCCGAGGCCUUGCAUUUGGGUCACCUUGUGCCGUUCAUGUUCACCAAGCUGCUCCAUCCUUUCCAAGUUCAUUUCCACAUCUCUUCUCUGGAAAAGAUGAUCUUCACUGCUUGAUUCCUUGUGCGAUCGACCAGGAUCCUUACUUCCGAAUGACGCGUGAUGUUGCUCCUAGAAUAGGUUACCACAAGCCUGCUCUGAUCGAGUCAUCAUUCUUCCCAGCACUUCAGAUCAGUAGGGUCGACGUGGAGGUGGCUGAGCGAUGCGCGGGUUGCCAAGGAGAAACAGGGAAAAUGUCUGCCAGCGACUCAAAUUCUGCUAUAUAUGUUACUGAUUCUGGGAAUGAUAUAAAGAACAAGAUAAACAAAUGCGCAUUCUCUGGUGGCCAAGAUUCUAUUGAAAAUCACAGGAAGUAUGGAGCAAACCUUGAGGUAGACAUGCCCAUUAAAUAUCUUGGUUUUUUCCUGGACGAUGAUUCUGAACUUGAACAUGUCAAAAAGGAAUAUGGGGCAGGCCGUAUGCUAACAGGUGAAGUGAAGAACCGGCUUAUUGAAGUUCUAACAGAAAUUGUUGAAAGACAUCGUAGGGCUAGAGCUGCCGUUACAGACGAGAUGGUAGAUACGUUCAUGGCAAUACGGCCGCUUCCCAAUAUGUUCAACUAAAUUUGCAGGCUACGAUAAAUCCUGACGAUCAACAUGAAGAACACUUUAAACACACAAGAACCAUUUAUUGAUAUUUAUUAUACAAUUGUGUUCCAUGCACCCUUAAUUUUUAGCUCAUUACAGAAUAGAAGAAAAUAUAUGAAAAGAACAAAAUUUGCAUCAAUUUUUUGUCUUGUCUUCUAUAGCUGAUGGAUGGUAUUAUAAUUCAAUAGUAAUGAAGAAGAUGUUGUUGACAUGCUUUAACAGCAUGGAUU